CAAUUUCUAUUGUAUCUAAUGAAAUUGCACCCCCUCAUCAAUAGCCAGCCCAAAUAGCUUAUAAUAACAUCAUCAUGAAGUCUAAUGCGGUAUGUUAGGCCAUUAGCUUUAGGCAAUACAAUCCAUGUCAGGCGAUAGAGUUAAUUUAACCUAGGUCCAGAUAGUCGGCUACCUUUUAUUCAACGCUUUUGCUGAUUUAGGGCUGUUUGAUUUCCUGAGCUCUGAAGCCCAUGCCCUUCUUGGCGUCAGGCUACUCGCCUGAACUGAUCUAGUGCUGCGCACAGAGAGCCAAACCUGAAACCACACAUUGAGAGGGAGAAGGGAUUAUUGAGCUCCGUGCAUUCAGUUCUCCCGUGGCCGAUCGGAUUGACAGAAUAGGUUAGGAUGCCCCUUGGAGAUCUAGAGGACGGGAAUGGAUGGAAAAAGAAGACGUCGGACAUUAAAGAAAACUAUGACUUCAAAGAAGUUCUGGGAACGGGGGCGUUCUCGGAGGUGGUGCUAGCGGAGGAAAAGGGGACCCAGAGGCUGGUAGCCAUCAAGUGUAUCCCAAAGAAGGCUCUGGAGGGCAAGGAGAACAACAUUGAGAAUGAGAUCGCUGUGCUGCACAGAAUCAAGCACACCAACAUUGUUUCUCUGGAGGACAUCUUUGAGAGCACAUCCCACCUGUAUCUGGUCAUGCAGCUGGUGUCUGGAGGGGAGCUGUUUGACCGCAUCGUAGAGAAGGGUUUCUACACAGAGAGAGACGCCAGCCAACUCAUCCACCAGAUCCUGGAUGCUGUCAAAUACCUCCAUGACAUGGGCAUCGUACACAGGGACCUGAAGCCAGAGAAUCUGUUGUAUUACAGUAUGGACGAGGACUCUAAGAUAAUGAUCAGUGACUUUGGCCUGUCUAAGAUCGAGGACACGGGCAGUGUCAUGUCUACAGCCUGUGGGACCCCAGGAUACGUGGCUCCUGAGGUGUUGGCUCAGAAACCGUACAGCAAAGCAGUAGACUGCUGGUCCAUCGGAGUCAUCUCCUAUAUUCUGUUAUGCGGAUACCCUCCGUUUUAUGACGAGAACGAUGCUAAGCUUUUUGAGCAGAUACUGAAGGCAGAGUAUGAGUUUGACUCUCCGUACUGGGAUGACAUCUCCGAUUCAGCUAAAGACUUUAUCUGUCACCUGAUGGAGAAAGACUUCAUGAAGAGAUAUACCGCUGAUCAAGCACUUCAACACCCCUGGAUCUGUGGAGACACAGCUCUUGAUAAGAACAUCCAUGAGUCUGUCAGUGCUCAGAUCAAGAAGAACUUUGCUAAAAGUAAAUGGAAGCAAGCAUUCAAUGCCACAGCAGUGGUGAGACACAUGCGGAGGCUGCAGCUGGGUACCAGCCUAGAGAGCCCCAGCCAGAUCACCCCCACAAGCCCCUGUCAUGCCCACACACUCCUGUUGCGGGAGGAGGAUGAGGACGAGGAGGAGGAGGGACUGGGGGUAGAGGAGGAGAGCUUGUCAUACUGUGAGGAUGGGCAGCGGCGCGGUAGUGCAGAGGGCAGUGCCGACCGGGACAGUCUGACGAGUUGCACCUACUGCUGCAGGCCAGCCAGUCGCAUCUAAGUGGCCACAGACCCUGCCCCUUUGUCGCCAUGGGGAUAUGUAUGUUUCCAUGGAGCCACCCAGUGCCCGCCCUGUCCGCCUAGUUUGGCCAUGAAUGCAGAGUGAUGUUAUGACAGGCUGUGUCCAGGAGAGUAGGAUGGUGAUGAGUCAGCCAGCAGCCAUGUCCAGAGCCACCUUCUAGCUCCAAUGCUUGCCCAGAAUAAACCAUCUACAGUUCCUUUUAGAGGGGAGUUUUGGAUGCAGGGAUUACUUUGUUAAAUUCAGGUGUCCACAAACACUGAUAUUUGUGCAGAGUGUGCGGUAACACUUUACUUGACACCCAGCAUCAUAACACGUUAUGACACGGUCAUAACCAUGUCAUAAUAUGUCAUAACAGCUGACAUAGCUUGUCAUAACCUGUCAUAAUAUGGUCAUAACACUGUAAUGACCAAUAUAUUUAUGUCUGUUGUGACAUAUAUGGCAUUAUUUUAUAGCUGGUUAUGACACCUACAUAAGAGUGUCGAACCCCACAU